UAUAGCAUAAUACAUAUAAAAUUUCACCAAAAAAACAGAGCAUCUAUCAUGGCGAGUAACAUCCAAUUCAAGUUGAUUUCACCAGCAAUUGAUCACAGCCAAGAGAGUGGGAAACUGCCAAGGUAUUGCACACAAGAAGGCUUAGGCACAAAAUGGGACAUUUCUCCGCCACUUGAAUGGCAUAACGUGCCUCCCAAAACAAAGAGCUUGGCCCUUCUGGUUCAGGACAUUGAUGCCGUCGACCCAAUGGGGCGCGUGGUGCCACUCGCCCACUGGGUGGUCGUGAACAUUCCUGUCACCGUGAAGGACCUUCCUCAAGGGUUCUCUGGGAAGGAAGACGAAGUGGGUGCUGAGUAUGGUGCCGUUGAAGAAGGGGUUAACGAUUGGAAGGUGCGCGUGUGGCGUGGUCCCAAAUUCCCUAACUAUGAUAAUAGGUUCCAGUUUAGGCUCUUUGCUCUGGAUCAAGACAUGCACUUUGAUAACCAGGUGACAAAAGAGAAGCUGUUUGACGCAAUAGCAGGGCAUGUAGUGGGAGAAGCCGUGUUCACUGCCACUUUUUGAUAUUUGUGAUCUUAAUGGAAGCUUCAUCUGUGGAGAUUCCGCGUAUAAAUAAAAGCUCCACAAGUUCGGUUUCUUUUUUAAGUUUGUUAUUAUUUUCCAUGUAUUUUUAUUUAGUACAAGACUUACACACAGUAUUAUAUGCUUUUGAUGUUUUUUAAUUAAAAUUAGAAUUUUAUUUAAGUAAUAUAUGCAAUAAAUGUCAGUAUUAAAAGUUAGUACAUGCAAUUAAAGCAAAACUUUAAUAUUAAUCAGAGAGUAACAUCUCUGAAGGAUUUUUUUUAAAGCAAGCAGGAAUUAAUCUUCGCAUGGUCUCUGAUUUUGAAAAAACAAAACAAAAACACAUAAUACAGUACUUAAGUUUUAUACUUUGAUUCAUGUUAAAUAAAUUAUAGCGCAUAAAGAAAAAUUACACCAUAUUUAAUGUUUGAUUAAACUUGAAUUCGAUCAGCCAUUUAACGGGAAUGGAAUUUCCAAAUUUUACGAAUAAUGUUGCAUCAUGUAUUUCUGUGCUUAAUAGAAAACUACUUGUAAGAGUUAAUAAGUUUAAUUAAUCUUAACUUUUAAGAGGAUAGUGAAUUAGGAUUAAUUUGGAAAUAUAUACUUUAUUUAAUAAUUUUUUAAAUAAUGAUUUUAUUAUAAAUUUAAUAAUAAAAUUUAUUGAAAUAAAAUUAAAAAUAAUUUACAACAGUUAU